GCAGUUAAACAUUAAUUUCGUUCGCGUCUAGGAGAAGUACUCUUUCGACAGGAUUUUGAAAACAAACAAAGUAGGCCAGAAGGUGAUUCUAAAAAAUAUAAUAUUUUAUACAAUUGCUUUCUCCUAUUCUCAAAUUCAUUUGUAUAUACGAAAUCUUGCUAAGCGCACCUUUAUUCUAUUUGUGGCAUGUUAUUGUACUUUUUCUCUCCGCUUAGAUGAUUAUUGGUGAUAUGUUGUUAUUUAUUUAUUAAAUUUAGCUUUCAAGUAUUCUGAAUUUGCCGCAUCUUGAUUAAGAUUUUAUUUAAACAAACUUAAAUAAAAUUAUGGAUCAACAAGAAAACGGUGUUAAAUCCAACUCUCCAGUUCCUCCGCCGAGAGCUUCCAGUAGAAACUCAAUUAAGUCUAAGGCGGAAAACGGAACAGAAAGUCCUAAGAACGGCGGUUCAAGACCAUCGAGUCGAACUUCCAUAACGUCAAAAGGUCGAAAGAGCCCAAGGAACGAGGAACCGAGGACUUCGAGUAGAACAUCAACAAGAUCGAAAGACGAAAGUGAUAAAUCUGCUGUAAAAGCGGAUUCUCGACCUUCGAGCAGGAACUCUAAUAUUGAUAAAAAUCAGGGGUCUAGAGCAUCCCUUAGAUCAACUAAAGAGAACGGUAAUCAAAGUCCCAAGCCAGAAAAGGAAAGGCCUUCGAGCAAAGCCUCAGUAAGAUCGGCUGCUGGAAACGAAGAUAAUAAGAAAGAAGAGCGGAGCAGGCCAUCAAGCAAAACAUCUAUUCAUUCAAAAUUGGAAGAAGAAAAACAGCAAAACGACGAAGCAGUAGCUAAACAGGAGGAAGAAAAAAAACCGGAGGAAGAGGUGGAAAAAGAAUUAGAAGAGAAAAAAGAGGAAGAACCGGCAGAAGAGGUAGAAAAGGAAUCGGAAGAGAAAAAAGAGGAAGAACCAGCAGAAGAGGUAGACAAGGAAUCAGAAGAUAAAAAAGAGGAAGAAUCAGCUGAAGAGGCACAAGUAGAGGAGAACAAGGAGGAAAAGAAAGAAGAGGAAGAGUUACAGCCAGAAGAAGAAAAACAGGUGGAGGAGAGUAAAGAAGAGGAGAAACCUGAAGAAAAAUCUGAAGAGAAAAAAGAGGACGAAACUAUGCAAGAACCUGAAGAACAGGAGCAAAAGGAAGAAAUUAAACAACCUGAAGAGGAAAAAGCAACUGCAGAACCAUCCGAGAAGAAUUCAGAUGAAAAGCCUGACAUGAACAGCAAUCAAGGCGAAGGAAAAUCAGAGGGAAAUGGAAAUGUUGCCGUUCUAGCCGGUGGAGCAGUGAUCACUAAGGAAACCACACAGGAAAAGGAAAAUCUGAAGAGAAGCCCAUCUUGUAUGGAGACCGAAGAAACCGUAGCUAAUCUUAUAGAUAACUUAAACAAUCGACCAUACGAUUCGCCAGAUACUUUGGCCGAUUUAAAGGUUCUAAGUGGAAUGUAUUGGGUAAAAAAGCAAGACACCGCAAUAGUAAAAGAGAGGAGAUUAGCAAUUGCCUCAUAUUUUAUCAAAUAUAAAUUCAUUUCAACUGCUUCAAAAAUGAUGAUCUGGUACAAUAGUGUUGGAGUUUUUAAAAAUGACAACAUAUGGUUCCCAUGCUAUUUCGUAUACAAUUGCCUAUGGAACUAUUCAGAUUCAUCCAAAGAGCUAUGUACUGAACUAAUGGAAAAUGACAUUACUAAAUUGUUGGUAGCAAACUUGCAACACAAACCAUAUACUGAUAACGCCAAUAGCAAGAAUGUUUUAUAUUUACUAAAAGCGUCUUUAAGUAUCCUGCAAAAUAUGGGAAGAUUUCCUCACUUGAUUGAUCACUUGCGUGAAAAUGGUGUCGGACCUGCAGCAGAAAUUUAUAUUAAUAGUUCAAUUGUAUUUCUACAAACUUUAUCUAUAAUGCUCCUAUCAGCUGUUGUAAAGGAGGGGGAAAAUGCUGAUAAACUCGGUGGGAAAGAUGUUAUUAUAAGUCAAAUCAUUAAUUUUUUAAAGAAGGCUCUAGAAUCGUCUAAAAGACGUCAUUCGGGAUUUUCUCCAGAUGAGUUACUUUUAGGCUUGGAUAGGCUAGCGGCGUACGAUGAAAAUAAGAAAAUUCUUUUGAAUAAAGAUAUAGUUCCCGUUCUUACUGAACUUCUAUCAUCAGAAAAUUUCGAUGAAAGACAAUACGCCGCCAAAGUUCUAUGGUCUUUGGCAUUUGAUGAAGAGGGCAAGGAAAUUAUUCUUGAACAGAGUAAAACUGAAUUAGAAAUUUUGGCUAAAAAGGGAUCUGAUAAGGAUAGUAAAAAUGCUAAAGGCUGUUUAUGGAUAUUAUAUGGAAACAGUGAGGAAGACAUGAAAAAAAAGUUGGCUCAACAGAAAAAUCAAACUAUUCAGAAGAAGAUUUUUAUAAGCUAUAGUUGGGCUUUUCAAGACGUAAUUGUAGAUUUGUCAAAUGAACUGAAGAAAAACGGCUUUGAUAUUUGGCUCGAUGUUGAACAAAUGACUGGCUCUACUCUUGAAAAAAUGGCAGAAGGCAUUGAAGAAAGUGGUUUAAUUGUUGUUGCCCUAUCCGAAUCAUAUAAGAUGAGCCCCAGCUGUAGAGCAGAGGCGGAGUAUAUGUUCAAACUACAAAAACCAUUUGUACCAAUUAUGACACAAAGAGGAUAUAAGCCAGAUGGCUGGUUGGGUAUCCUUAUGGGCUCCAAGUUUUAUAUUAAUUUUGAUGGCAAAUUCAGCUUCAGUAAGGCUUUGGAAAAGCUGCUAAGGGAAAUAAAUCGAAUACUAGAUGCAGAUGAUAGCAAUAAUCAAGCCAUAGUUCCAACAACAGCACCAUCUACAAUGGCACCAUCUUUUAAAAGUGAAAAAAGAAACAUAGACGAAGUGAAGACAUGGGAUAAAGACAGAAUUAACCAAUGGAUUGAGAAAGAGAACAUUGCUGAUUUGAAAGAUUUCCUACAAGAUUUUGAUGGUAAAAUGUUAUAUCAACUGCAAACAGUUCGUGAAGAAGUACCCGAUUUCUUUUACAAGAAAAUUGAUGAAUCUGGUUUGAGUUUCACAAAAAUAUUAAAAUUGACUAGUGCCAUGGAUAACUUUGUUUAA